GGGGAGGAACAAGACCAAGACGAGUGGGGAGAGGAGCAAGGUAGGGGUAGGAGAGACGGAAGACGUGUAGGAGGAGGAGAGGCGGUGGGUCGUGAGAUGGAGGAGGUGGUGCCGAGAGGCGUCAAACGAGGCCAGUCCGAUUCCCGCGACGCUCGCGGCGACCGGCAGCCUGGCGCGUGCGACGAUGCGUCGCUCACCACAGCUGCUGCGACGGGUAACCACAUGCCGAAUAGCGACAUCGGUAGCGGUCUAACGAUGCUCUCCCCGAACGAUCAAUCACGAGCGCAGGCGAUAGCGUUUGGUUCCAUUGCAGGCAUGGCGGCGGGCUCGAGCGCGUCAGGGAGUGCAGUGAGCGCGUCAGGGGGAAGUGCACUGAGCGUGGGCCAAAACGGCCGGAUGAAGCGACGGAGAGGCGACGUUGGAACGCCUCUUGACGCCGCAGCAGUAGGCGCGUGCAGUGGGGUCCGGCAAGCUGACCGCGCGGGUUCGAAUCUCGGCGUCAGCAGCGGCAGUGGCGAAGGCUCGGCAGCAGCUGGUGCGAGCUGCGAGGAGCGCGCUCGACUGGCAGCGCAAGCAGGUGGCUCCGGCGGUCAUGCCGCGGGCGCCGCUGCAGAGAUGGAUUCAGCCGUCGCGGCUGUUGCUGCCGCGGGUGCUCCCCCGCGCCCUGCCGUCGCGCUGGCGGCUGCUGCUGUUGCACACGCCGCUGGGACGACGGAUGAGGCUGCUGGGGUUGCUGGUAGUGGCGCUGGUUCUGGAACCACUGGCGCCAUCCCUGCUGCUGCCGCUGCAGUGGGGCGUGCUACAGCCUGCGCGCGUGAAGGUUCUGCCGUCCCCUGUGCUGAGACGGCAGCACACACCAGCGGUAGCGCUGCUCGCCUCGCUGCCGAGCCUGCUCUCCCUGCUGCACCCGCCGCUGCCACUCCUGCUGCUGCUGCAGGACAGGCGCUGCAAGGAGCGGUGGCGAUUGUGGGUGGCGCCGCAAGCAGUGCUGCGCGCGAGCGUGCAGGAGGGGGCGCAGCGCAAGGGGGGCCCAGUGCAGGAGCGGAGAGAGCAGGGGGGAGCGGAGGAGAGGGGGGUGGGGGAGCGGGUGGGGACGAGGAGGUGGCGCGGGCGGCACAGCUGGCGGAGGACGAGCGGCUGGCGAGGGAGCUGCAGCGCGCAUUCGAGGAGGAGAGCAGCAUCCCGUUCGUGAGUGCUCCGUGCAUGGCAUGGCAUGGCAUGUCAUGGCAUGGCAUGGCAUGGCAUGGCAUGUGUCACGUCAUUCUGCGUCCAUUCUGGGACUGUGCUGCAUGCAUGCGCUGUGCUGCAUGCGCUGUGCUGCAUGCGCUGUGCUGCAUGCGCUGUGCUGCAUGCGCUGUGCUGCAUGCGCUGUGCUGCAUGCGCUGUGCUGCAUGCGCUGUGCUGCAUGCGCUGUGCUGCAUGCGCUGUGCUGCAUGCGCUGUGCUGCAUGCGCUGUGCUGCAUGCGCUGUGCUGCAUGCGCUGUGCUGCAUGCGCUGUGCUGCAUGCGCUGUGCUGCAUGCGCUGUGCUGCAUGCGCUGUGCUGCAUGCGCUGUGCUGCAUGCGCUGUGCUGCAUGCGCUGUGCUGCAUGCGCUGUGCUGCAUGCGCUGUGCUGCAUGCGCUGUGCUGCAUGCGCUGUGCUGCAUGCGCUGUGCUGCAUGCGCUGUGCUGCAUGCGCUGUGCUGCAUGCGCUGUGCUGCAUGCGCUGUGCUGCAUGCGCUGUGCUGCAUGCGCUGUGCUGCAUGCGCUGUGCUGCAUGCGCUGUGCUGCAUGCGCUGUGCUGCAUGCGCUGUGCUGCAUGCGCUGUGCUGCAUGCGCUGUGCUGCAUGCGCUGUGCUGCAUGCGCUGUGCUGCAUGCGCUGUGCUGCAUGCGCUGUGCUGCAUGCGCUGUGCUGCAUGCGCUGUGCUGCAUGCGCUGUGCUGCAUGCGCUGUGCUGCAUGCGCUGUGCUGCAUGCGCUGUGCUGCAUGCGCUGUGCUGCAUGCGCUGUGCUGCAUGCGCUGUGCUGCAUGCGCUGUGCUGCAUGCGCUGUGCUGCAUGCGCUGUGCUGCAUGCGCUGUGCUGCAUGCGCUGUGCUGCAUGCGCUGUGCUGCAUGCGCUGUGCUGCAUGCGCUGUGCUGCAUGCGCUGUGCUGCAUGCGCUGUGCUGCAUGCGCUGUGCUGCAUGCGCUGUGCUGCAUGCGCUGUGCUGCAUGCGCUGUGCUGCAUGCGCUGUGCUGCAUGCGCUGUGCUGCAUGCGCUGUGCUGCAUGCGCUGUGCUGCAUGCGCUGUGCUGCAUGCGCUGUGCUGCAUGCGCUGUGCUGCGCUGCAUGCGCUGUGCUGCAUGCGCUGUGCUGCAUGCGCUGUGCUGCAUGCGCUGUGCUGCAUGCGCUGUGCUGCAUGCGCUGUGCUGCAUGCGCUGUGCUGCAUGCGCUGUGCUGCAUGCGCUGUGCUGCAUGCGCUGUGCUGCAUGCGCUGUGCUGCAUGCGCUGUGCUGCAUGCGCUGUGCUGCAUGCGCUGUGCUGCAUGCGCUGUGCUGCAUGCGCUGUGCUGCAUGCGCUGUGCUGCAUGCGCUGUGCUGCAUGCGCUGUGCUGCAUGCGCUGUGCUGCAUGCGCUGUGCUGCAUGCGCUGUGCUGCAUGCGCUGUGCUGCAUGCGCUGUGCUGCAUGCGCUGUGCUGCAUGCGCUGUGCUGCAUGCGCUGUGCUGCAUGCGCUGUGCUGCAUGCGCUGUGCUGCAUGCGCUGUGCUGCAUGCGCUGUGCUGCAUGCGCUGUGCUGCAUGCGCUGUGCUGCAUGCGCUGUGCUGCAUGCGCUGUGCUGCAUGCGCUGUGCUGCAUGCGCUGUGCUGCAUGCGCUGUGCUGCAUGCGCUGUGCUGCAUGCGCUGUGCUGCAUGCGCUGUGCUGCAUGCGCUGUGCUGCAUGCGCUGUGCUGCAUGCGCUGUGCUGCAUGCGCUGUGCUGCAUGCGCUGUGCUGCAUGCGCUGUGCUGCAUGCGCUGUGCUGCAUGCGCUGUGCUGCAUGCGCUGUGCUGCAUGCGCUGUGCUGCAUGCGCUGUGCUGCAUGCGCUGUGCUGCAUGCGCUGUGCUGCAUGCGCUGUGCUGCAUGCGCUGUGCUGCAUGCGCUGUGCUGCAUGCGCUGUGCUGCAUGCGCUGUGCUGCAUGCGCUGUGCUGCAUGCGCUGUGCUGCAUGCGCUGUGCUGCAUGCGCUGUGCUGCAUGCGCUGUGCUGCAUGCGCUGUGCUGCAUGCGCUGUGCUGCAUGCGCUGUGCUGCAUGCGCUGUGCUGCAUGCGCUGUGCUGCAUGCGCUGUGCUGCAUGCGCUGUGCUGCAUGCGCUGUGCUGCAUGCGCUGUGCUGCAUGCGCUGUGCUGCAUGCGCUGUGCUGCAUGCGCUGUGCUGCAUGCGCUGUGCUGCAUGCGCUGUGCUGCAUGCGCUGUGCUGCAUGCGCUGUGCUGCAUGCGCUGUGCUGCAUGCGCUGUGCUGCAUGCGCUGUGCUGCAUGCGCUGUGCUGCAUGCGCUGUGCUGCAUGCGCUGUGCUGCAUGCGCUGUGCUGCAUGCGCUGUGCUGCAUGCGCUGUGCUGCAUGCGCUGUGCUGCAUGCGCUGUGCUGCAUGCGCUGUGCUGCAUGCGCUGUGCUGCAUGCGCUGUGCUGCAUGCGCUGUGCUGCAUGCGCUGUGCUGCAUGCGCUGUGCUGCAUGCGCUGUGCUGCAUGCGCUGUGCUGCAUGCGCUGUGCUGCAUGCGCUGUGCUGCAUGCGCUGUGCUGCAUGCGCUGUGCUGCAUGCGCUGUGCUGCAUGCGCUGUGCUGCAUGCGCUGUGCUGCAUGCGCUGUGCUGCAUGCGCUGUGCUGCAUGCGCUGUGCUGCAUGCGCUGUGCUGCAUGCGCUGUGCUGCAUGCGCUGUGCUGCAUGCGCUGUGCUGCAUGCGCUGUGCUGCAUGCGCUGUGCUGCAUGCGCUGUGCUGCAUGCGCUGUGCUGCAUGCGCUGUGCUGCAUGCGCUGUGCUGCAUGCGCUGUGCUGCAUGCGCUGUGCUGCAUGCGCUGUGCUGCAUGCGCUGUGCUGCAUGCGCUGUGCUGCAUGCGCUGUGCUGCAUGCGCUGUGCUGCAUGCGCUGGGCGGGGACUGGCGACGGACUACCAGCUGGCGAUGCUGCUGCAGGCGGAGGAGACGCAGCACCUGCGCUCCCGCGUGCUCCGCUCCUCCCACGCCCCUCGGCAGCAAGCACGCGGGCACAGCGGACAGCACACGGGCGAGCGCCCCUCCCUUGCCCCCUCUGCUGCCUCUGCUCCGUGCACGCUUGCUGCGCAGGCUGGGGGGGCUGCCGACGCUGCCAGUGGGCUAGCAGGGAGGGGCGUGGUGGAAGGCGUGGAAGGGGGCGAGGAGGACGGUGGUGGUGCGCAGAGGAGGGCAGAGCACAGGGAGAGGGAGGUGGCGGGGAGUGAGGUGGUGGUGAGAGUAGCGGGGGGUGAUUCUGCAGGGGCUGCUGGCGGAAGCACUGAUGCUGGCAGCGCAGGUGCUUUUGGUGUGAUUGGCAGCACUGCCGGUGGCACUGGUGGUGGUGGUAUUGCAGGUGCACUCAACCCCCCCGUGGCUGCAGUGCCACCUGCCCCCCUGAGACCACUGGAAGCUGCCCGUUUGGCUCGGCCGAGCAUGGCAGCACCUGCAGAACGUGCCACGUCAGCAUCAGCAGGCCGUGCCACGUCAGCACUAACAAGCUACGGGCGAUGGCUGAGGAGAGAGGCGAUGGCCGAAACAGUGGCAGCGGCAACAGCGCUGCGCAGUCAGCAGCAGCGAGCUGGGGGAUUCGGGGCAGGCGGAUUGGGGGAGGGCAUGAGUGCGUGGGAGAUGCAGCAGGAGGCGCAAGACGCGGCUGACUUCAGAGUGCUGCUGCGUGUGGAUGGCGUCCUGCCGAGACAAUCUGCUCGGCGCCUACAGCCUUCGAGGGCGCAGACUGCUGGAGCUGCGCAAGAAGCAUCUGAACAAGCACCUGAAGAAGCACCUGAACGAGCACCUGAACAAGCAACUGAACAAGCACCUGAAGAAAUACCAGGACAAGCACCUGAACAAACGCCCGAGGAGGGGAGACGUGAAGGGCCCAUUGCGGAGGCAGCUGCAGCUACAGAUGGGGCUGUGGCAACAGGUGGAGGGGUCGCACCCUGGGAGGCGGAGGUGAGAGAGGAAGAGGAGGCGGAAGAGGAGGAUGAGGAUGAGGAUGAGGAAGUGGAUGAGGAAGUGGAUGAGGAGAUCGAGAUGGUGGAGCUUGAUGGGUCGAGGCUGGAUAUGGGGCUGCUGGAAGGCAGUGCAGGCGAGGAAGCUUAUAUGGAGGAUAUGAUGGAUGGGGGCCAUGAGGGGCAUGAGGUGGAUGAGGAAGCGCUGAACGAGGUGGAUGACGCGUUUGACUUUGACGUUGCUCUGGGGGACGCCACCCCCCGCGUGGAUCACAUACCCCGUCCUGCCGCCUUGCCUGGCGGUGACGGCGCUCUGCCUGUGGGGGUGCAUGGGGGGCAAAGGGGGCACGGAGGGCAUGGAGGGCAUGGAGGGCGCGAGUGGGGGCAGGCCAGGAGAGGGGUGCCGUGGUUCCCUGGCAGGCUUGUGGAGGAGGCGGAGCAGUGGCAGGCGCGCGUGGCACGGCGGUGGGGGCAGGCAGGGGGACCGGCUGGGGCUGGCGAGCAGUCAAUGGGGGUUGCUGCUGGCAGAGGGGGAGGAGAGGGUGCUGGGAUGCCGGGCAUGGGUGCUGUGAGUCUAGGGGCGUGGCACGAGACAGCAGAGGCAGAGGCAGAGGCAGAGGCAGGCACUGGUGUGAUGCCCACAGCCUCUGAGCUGCCCUCUCCAUCGGCUGAUCACGCUGCUGCCCCUUCCUCACCCUCUUUCCGCAAUCUCCCCUCCUCCCCUGCCUCACCUUCCCUCCGCAACCUCCCCUCCUCGCCCGCCUCUCCCUCUUUCCGCAACUUCCCCUCCCCUCCGCACUCGCCCCCCACGCACGGCCCGCUGCAGCGUGGGAGAGCCGGGCUGCAUGCGGCGCCCCACGCUCAUGCCAUGGGCGCCGGCGGGCGCGAUAGGAGGCAGGGCGAGGGGGGUGCCAUGGAUGCUGCUGCUGGUGGUGGAGGGGGCGCAGGGGCCAGCAGUGCAUUCUCCUUCGGCACACCGGCUGAGUCCACCGCCUCUGUGGGCAUGCGCAUGCGCAGGAGGGGGUUUGUGCGCGCAUCGCUACUGCACGCCACCCCGGCCCUCACCACACGCCCCUCCUCUCCACCUCCUCCCGCUGCUGCUCCUCCUGCUCCUCCCCCUGCUGACCCGCCUUCGACUGCUCGAGCUCAGCCUCACCCCGCUGGUCGGCCUGCCACCACCUCGGCCUCGCCCCACGCGCCGCUGCCUCUGCCGGCGGACUCCCCCUGGGCGCUGGGCAUGCGCGCCCGCGUGGGCGAGGGGCGCCUGCCCGCCCGCACACGCGCCAGAGUGCCACUGCGCCCCUCAUCGCGCUCCGCUGCCAUGGGAGCGGGCGGCGAUUCGGGCGGCAACUCGGGCAGUGUGGGCAGCACCAGACCCGCCGCCCUUGGCGCCCCCGCCAUCCUGCCUGCCUUUACACCCCAUGGUAUCUCACCGCAUACCAUCACACUGCCCGUGGGUCCUGGCGAGGCGGAAGCAGCAGGGCAGUUGUUGUCGGGGCAGCGGUGGGAGCAGGCAGUGCGUGUGGGCGCCCUCCACACGGGCGCGCUGCAACACGGUGGGGGGGGUGGAGCACCUUCAGCAGCAGCAGCAGCAGGCGAGUCGCCAGUGUUGGAUGCAGCAGCAGUUACUGGCAGUGCGGUGGAAGGGGUGUUGAGAGGCGAAGGGGCAGUGGAGCAGGAUGUGUUUGGAGGGGAUGAGAGGACCACACACAGGAGGGAGGUUAGGGAGGGGAGGGUGGGGGGCGGGGCGGAGGAGAGGGGCAAUGGUACUGGUGAUGAGGCUGGGAGGGGUGAGGGCCAUGAGGAUGCGGAGGGCAGGGUGGGUGGCAGGGGGGAGGGCAACGGGGGGGGCAACGAGGGGGGCAGUGCGGAGAUGGCUGAAUCAGAUGGUAGCAGCACUCCCCCGCGCGCACCCCAUGGCAGGUCAGCUCAUGGCAGGUCCCGGCACGGGCGGCCGUGGCGGGGUGAGGCAAGGCAGUUGCGGGGCAGGGAGGAGGAUGGCCGUGACAGGGCUGCUGCACGCAUGCGGGCGAGGGUGGCGAGCAGGGCUGGACGGACGAGCAGGGGCAGGGGGGAGUGGGAGGCAGCGGUUGGCAGGAGUGAUGGGGUGAGGGACGGCGGGCAUCUGAUGGGUGUGGGUGGUGGGGGUGAGCGUGGCAGGGGAGUGGGUGGGGAGGGCCGUGGGCAUGGCAUGGAUGAGCAGAGCUGGUUGGAGGGUGUGGGGAUGGGUGUAGGCAGGCAGGGGAGUGACCGCACUGCUGCACUGCCUUCGCACCCCACACCUCCUGUGCCGGCCCGCCCACUGCCGUCUGAUGCCCUGCCCCCCGUGGGUGCUCAGCCCUUGCUGCUGCCGUCCUUUGCCGCCCAGCACAGAGUGCCGCGUGCCUGGCGCCCUGCUGGCCCUGGCAGGAGUGGUGGCGGCGAGGGUGGCCGGGGGAAUGGCGAGGAGGCAGGGGAGAGCGGAGAGGGUGGAGAGACUGGGUUCUUGUUUCAAAGGGGGCGUGGGUUUGAAAGGGAUGGUGCCGCAGUAGAUGUGGCUGCUGGAGUUGCUGAUGGUGCUGGGAUGAGUGGGGAGGCCGGUGAGGGAAUGAACAGAAGCGAGGGAAUGAGCAAUGCCAAUGCUGUAGCCCAUGGUGCAGCCCAUGCUGUGAGUCGACCUCCUCACUAUGCUGUCCCAGCCACCGUGACCCAUGCCGCAGCCACAGACGCCCAUGCCAUGCCACCACAUGACGGCCUUGCCACAGCACCCCCGCAUGCCCGCCCUGCCGCAGCAGCACCACAUGACCCCUCGCCCUCAGCCCCGCCUGCCACGGCCGACCUGCCUCUCGCCCCGCACUGGAGCCCCCUCCUCCUGCCCUCCGCGCUCUCCCCCCCCGCACCUCCUCAGGCAGGCUGGCAGGUGCCGCGCAGCAGGGCGGUGGGGGGUAGACAGGGGGGGGAGGCAGGGGGGCUGGACGCGUGGAGGGAGCGGAGGAGGGGCAUGGGCGCAGGCGACGGGGGCGAGCGGAGGAGGUGGCGCGAGUGGGCGAGUGUGCGGGGGAUGGGUGGAGCAGGCACGGCAGGGGCUGCAGACGAGUCCAGUGGGGAGGUGGCAGGAGGGGCGGAGGAGAUGGGGGCUGCAUGGGUGGGGGCUGGGAGGCCAAUGGGAGGGCAGGGGCCAGUGGGAGGGGAGGGUGAGGGGAGACAAGGCGAGUCAGGUGAGCAAGCGGUUGAGUGGGAAGGGGCUCGGGCACACGCCGCCCAGCAGCUCGUGGAGGCUCGGGCGCAGCAGGAACGGGAAGCGGUGGAUCGGCGGGCACGGGAGGCUCGGGAAGCUCUGGAGCGGCGGCUGAGGGAGGCUCGGGAGGCAGUGGAGCGGCGAGCGAGGCAGGCGGUGGAGAGGGUGGUUGGGGAAACAGGGCUGGAGCCUGGAGCUCCUGAAGGCGGUCGUGGGGCUGCUAAUAACGAGGACGGGGAUGAGGAUGGUGGCUCUGCGCUGGCAAGUGUUGUGGCGGCUGUGGGGGAUGCUGUGAGGGAGGCGGCAGCUGCUGAAGGUGCAGGCAGGGCGCGGAGAGGGGCGUGGGUGGAGGCGGGGAGAGGGGAGACGGUGGAGGAGAGGCGCGCGCGGCUGCAGCAGCGGUUCUCAGCGCUCACCCGCCUCAUGCUGCGCGACCACGCUGCCACCCGCCCCUUCUCGCCCUCUCCUCCUUUCACCUCUCAACUCCAACCGUCCCCUGUCACGAAAUCCCCCCUUAUAACGCUGUUCACUACCCCACGCCCUUCCUUCUUCUCCCAACACCAUACUUCGUUCCUUGGCAUGUUCCUUUGUCCCACUCACUUCCUUGGCCGUUUUGUCUUCUGCCCGCCCGCUCACUCAUCAGUCCGCCCUUCUCUGUGCACACAUCCCUCCCUCCCCCCCCAUCAGCGGCUGGCGGUGUGGCAGGCGUUGGAGGCGGGCAUGGGGGGGGUGGACGCCGCCUUCCACCGCAUCGCCCCCUUCCCCCGCCCCCCCCCCUCGCGCGCAACUUCCCUCUCGCCUUCCGCCUCGCCGCCAUCGACCGCGACUUCAAUGAGUGUGUCGGACUACGAGAUGCUGCUGGCGCUGGACGACAUCUCAGCGCCCGUCGUGCGCCCCGGCGCCACGCCCGAUGAGAUCAACAGCCUGCCCACCGCCCUCGUCACGCAGUGCACACUGCCCUUGCCAUGCAUGUGGUCGUUUUCCCCAUUCCAGCCAUACCAUAGCGACCUGGGUAGCAGCAUUGUCAAAGACAACUCCGUCUCUUCCCCCCUGCCAUACCUCCAUCGCCCAUCUCCCCCCUGCCAUACCUCCAUCACCCAUCUCCCCCCUGCCAUACCUCCAUCGCCCAUCUCCCCCCUGCCAUACCUCCAUCGCCCAUCUCCCCCCUGCCAUACCUCCAUCGCCCAUCUCCCCCCUGCCAUACCUCCAUCGCCCAUCUCCCCCCUGCCAUACCUCCAUCGCCCAUCUCCCCCCUGCCAUACCUCCAUCGCCCAUCUCCCCCCUGCCAGGCACAUGACAGCGAUCUGGGCCCGUGUGCCAUCUGCAUUGAGGUGCCCUCCCCGCCUGAAGUCAUCCGCCGCCUACCCUGCUCCCAUGCCUUCCAUCGCGAUGUGA